ACAGCCUAGUCAUUACGAUAUAGGAACUUAUGAAUAACUACAGCGUGAACUUUUGUGUUACAGCAGCAGAUAAGUCUGAAAAAUUAAAUGAUUAAAAUCAACUACCAUGUCAUCGCCACAACACGUAACAGUUGACCAAGUGCGGCAGAUUUUAAGCGAAGUGAUCGACUCACUGGAGUCUCCCGAUUACGCGUCGAAACUGGACGAAGCGAAAGAAGCCGCUGGCAAUGAGAUGCUAAAGAUGAUGCAAAUUGUAUUUCCUAUGGUUGUGCAGAUUGAAAUGGAAACUAUUAAACGGCAUGGGUUCAGCAAUUCUAGAGAAGGCGUAGUCCAGUUCACCCAGAUGGUGCGUGAGAUGGAAAGCCUGGACUCGGAGGUGGCCCGUCUUCACAACCAGAUUCGCAGCCACUACCUACCCCCUGUCUCAAUCAGCUCUACCGUCGAUACUUCACUGUAGAGGUUUAAAAGUUACUUACACUUUAAAAGUAUACACUAAACUAUGAAGACAAAGCCAUGUUUAGUGAAAAUAGCAAAAGACUAAGUGAUUACAAGAACAUGUGGAGAAAAAAACAAAAAUAUAUAUUAAGUGCUCUAGUUGUAGUUGUUUUAUGUAACUUUUUCGGUAUAGGUGAUUACUUAUUCGCUAGGACUUUUGAUGAUUUUGAUUAUCC